AUGAUAGUGGAUGCUGCAGGCUGGGACUUCCUCACGCUAUUGCAGAAAUACACGGUUGAGUUCCGCCGCGCCGGCAGCCUCCGUGCGCCGGCGGCGGCUGAGCCACCUGCUGCAAAUCAUGACCUCAGCUCCUCCAAUUUUACUUCCACCGACUCCGAGCUGAGCUCGUACGAAGCGGCGUGCUGCUCCGACCCCGACCUCCAAAACUUCGACUCGAAGCUCCAGAUCCGCACAAGCCGCGCCAUCAACUCCAUCUCCGUGGUCCUCGACGUCCGCUCCCUCCCCCUCGACUCCCUCCGCGAAGUCACCGAAUACCUCCUCGAGAUGAACCAGGAGGUCGUCACAAUCACCCUCCAAAACAAGCGCGACAUUUGGAAAGACGACGAAUUCUCCGACCUCGUCGUCUUCGAGAAUUGCCUCCUCACCUUGGAUUUCUGCACCACCCUCGAUUCGUGCCUCAAACGCGCCGCGCGCAUCGAAUCCAUCGUCAAAGUCGCCCUCCGCAAAUUCGACGACGACCGAGCAAAUGCGGGGAGGAAUUACUCGAGAUGUCAAACACUCAUCUUCACACCAUUUUCACACCUCAAAUUCUACAAGGCGUUUCCGAAACCCUCGCUGCUGAAAGAUUACUUGAUGGACGACAUGAGCUCCUGCUCGUCCAACGGCUUCAAAUCGUUCCCGAGAAGGCAAUGCUGCCCCAGCACCGUCCGAUUCCUCGUCGAGAUCGACCUCAACCAGCAGAAGAAAUAUUUCAUUAGAAAUAUCUCAACCAAAUCCGCCGCCUCCGCGUUUCACAGAUUCAUCGCCGCCGUCAAACGCCUCCCCUUCGGCUCCUCGUCGGAGAAGAAGCCGAUCCUACCGCGCAACCUGUCAAGGAAAAUCAUCAGGAAAAGUAUUUUCUGGAAGAGGAAAUCCAGCUACAAGGAGAUCCAACGGCUAAAAUCCUUCGACGACGACCGAGCAAAUGCGGGGAGGAAUUACUCGAGAACUCUGGCGUUGAUGAUGGAGAGGCUGCAGGCGAAGAAGCAAAACCUAGACAGAAAAUUGGGGAAAUUGCAGGCGUGGAGGAAGGUCUCAAGUUUGACGGCGGACGAGAGAACGGAAGCAGAUUUUUUGAUAGAGGCGUCGCGGUGGUGGUGGCUGUGCGGCGCUGCCGCUGCGAUUGCCGGAGAUUGAAUGGCGGCAGCGCGGCGAGAGGAGAAGGAGAGGGAGGGAGAGAGAGAGAGAGUUCAGCGAGAGAGAG